UCUUCUCCCCUUUUUCCAAGACCGCUCUUAUUAAGAGUGGUUUUUCACUCCGCUUUCUAUCUGAACCAGAAGGAAACUUCCUAGGAUCGUUUUGGAACCGCUAGAGCUACAGCCGGCAGAAAGUGUGAGAGCUUAGGGCCAAACAGCAUCAACAAAAGUCCUGGAGAAUUGUUCCUUGCACAGCGUCGAUAAAUUGUGAAGCAAAAGCCAUGGAGGAAACCCUGAAGCUGGUAUCGGCAGGAGAUUGCAUCCAGAUCUGGAAUUUACUUUCAUUCUCCCCAGAGACACACUUUAACCCUCAUGACUCUGAGCAGGAAGUGUCUUCUCUUUGUUGGAGCUCCAAUAAUCAGUUUCUAGUCAGUGCUGCCAGUGGAGGUGAUAGGAUUUCUGUGUCCAUAUGUAAAACCAAGCCGGUACACCUUUGGAGUAUUGCAGAACAGAGAGGACAGACUUGUGUCUCACUGAAUUCUACAAUGAAUUUGAUUCUGAGUGGAGGAAUGGAUUCUGCUGUCAACAUAUGGGACUUGAAAACCAAAAAACUGCACAAAUCCUAUAAGGGUCACAAGGCUGCAGUAACUUGUCUCACCACUGAUUGGGAUGACCAGUGCAUUCUCUCAGGGUCACUGAGUGGUGACAUAAUUCUGCACAGCAUGCUGACUGAUGAAGCUCCCACCAGGUUUUACUGUCAUAGUCAACAGCCCCUUCGUGACCUGAAGAUCUCUUGCUUCCAAAGGUCGCUGUUGGGAAGCAUUGGAGAUGAUGGCAGUCUUAGAAUAUGGGACAUAAACAGCCUACAGAUGCAACAUAGCUUUGACCAUGUACACAAAGCCCCUGCGGCAGCGCUUUGUUUUUCACCAGUGAUUGAGCCAUUGAUUAUCACAGUUGGCCUUGAUAAGCAAAUCUCAGCUUUUGAUGUUCGGAGCAAAUCUGUAUUGUACAGUAUUCGAGCAGAUUGUCCACUAACUGCACUUGAGCUCCUACCAGAUGGGACUGCUCUGUUGAUUGGAAGCUCCUGGGGAAAGGUCAACCUGUAUGACCUCAGAAACAUGGAAUUUCCAGUGAAAUCUUCCAAGGCUCACAACAGUGCUGUACGAUGUAUUAAACUUCGGGCUGUGAGAGGCAAGUUUCAGGCUGCUUGGCCCACUGUUUGGAAUGAAGUAAAAGGGGGAGUCUCCAGUGCAACAACAACUGACAACACUAACAAUGUUGUCAGUACCUUGCCCAGUGACCCCUCUUCUUUGCAGGUCAACGCGAUCACUGUAACCAAACCCUCGCCACAGUUUAGAAAGGCAAUAUUUCUUGCAAGAAAUAGCUUUGGGGAAGUCUUCUCACCUAUCAGAUCAGAGAUGAACCAUACAGACAUUUCAACCACUGAAUUCAGCUCAACAUCUGUCAAUUGUGCCUCAAAUUGCUCUUCUCCGAGUAAAAGUGGAUUCCAUGUUGAGAAGCUAGCUAACCUUGCAAGGUUAGCUGUGGGAAAUUUCAGUGAAGAUGCCUACUCGACAGCGGAGAGAUUUGACCAAGUGCAGAGCCUACACAAUUGUAAUUCAAAACAGAAAAUGAUUGGACAAAAACUUAAUCAUAAGACCUUGGCUGAUAUGUUGAAUACUCCUCCUGGCCAGGCAGGUGAAGGAGGAACAAAAGAAUGGACUAUUUCCUUGCCAAAGACCCAGCUACUACCAAACUUAUUGAAAGAUGCCUUGGAAAAAUUCAGUGAGGAGCACCAUAAGGAAGUUGUUGGACUGCAGCUGGCCAUGAUCCAUGAAUUUCACAUUCAGCAGCAUGCAAUUGAUGAAGCAGUACUUAAGCACUUAAAAGUCAGUGAAGAAUUGUUGGGGGAAUAUGUGAUCUUAAAGGAAGAAAAUGAACGACUGAAAGUGUUUAACUGAUGUACAUGUGUAAACCUGAGGCAAUGUAGUCUGUAUUCCAAGCCAUAGUAAUGAGGAGCUCUGCUCGAUCAAGUUUGAGCCAAACUUGACUACAAUCAGUCUAUCUUCACCUUUAUUUCAAACCCUUGAAAAAUUGAAAUGGGAGAAAUGUCCCGCUUUAAUUUCUUUAAAAAAAAAUGCUGCUUUUCUGUUGUGAUUUGGAUCAUCUGUUUCUGUACACAAUUAAAAGUGACUGCCCAUAUAGAAAGAUAAAUUUUAUAAUUCUGUCAGGGUAACGAGAGCGUGCCCUUCCGUGGAUUUGGAAAAAUGACUCCCCACUACUAAAGUAGGCAUAAUUUACACUGGAAUAUUUGGUUACUGUUUGUUUGCUGGCUAUCUGUAUGUACACAAAGUGGAUGCAAGUAGCUACUUCAUAAUGGUUACGUGCAGUGAGUGAGUUCAGCGGCAAUUUAUUUUUCAUUGAGUGUUCCAUUUUUUGAUAUUUGAAAAAAAUUACAUACGUCAGAAAUGCAUUGAUCAGUGUGUGAUUAGGUAACUGUUUUUCAGAAUGUCUCUGUCUCUUUCCUAUGUAAUGGGGUAUAGGGAUUCAGUAUUUUGUAGGACUGUGAAGAAUAGCUCUGUUUUGAACUUGUGGAAUUUACUGUAAGUGCCAACAAGUAACAAUGAAUCUUUCACUGUAUCCCAUCAAUUGAAAAACUGUUGUGGUUUUCAAUGUGGAUGUAAUGACGUUUUUAUCGAUGGCUUCUAAGCAGCCAUGGGAAGGAAAAUUGAUUAUUUUGUAUGUUGCCUCCAAGUCUUUUAUGUUGUAGAAAGAUGUAGGGAGAAGGUGGCAGCACUUGACAAAUUAUUACUUGAAUGGAAACAUCUCUUGCAAGUGCUAGCUUUUUUUCAAGCUGUAUAUAGUUUGUGUCAAUUUGGGCUGUUUUUCUGUAACAUUGUUUGUGAGGCAGUUAUAUCUGGCCUUUUUAUGUCUUUGCAUUGGAGUGAAGGAAUUCAACUUGUUUUGUGGUGUCCUUAGAUCUCAUCAGAUACCUGGUUGCUUGGAUUCACUUUAUUGAGGCAAUCUAAUGUUUUAACAAUAAUGUAACAACUCGGCUGGAUUACUCACGUAGUUGGCCAGAAUUAAGUAUAUUUGUAUCACCAUUCUUUAACAAGGGAUAUUUUAAAAAUAAUCUAAAUAGUUGGGAUUUAUAUUGAUUUCUGUUUUCUCUUGGAUGUUAGUUUACAUCCUCCUUUGCCUUUUUAU